GGCGCAGAGGGCUGCGCAGGCGCAGUGCGAGCAGGAAAAAUGGCGGCCGGGUUCAAAACUGUGGAACCGCUGGAGUAUUACAGGAGAUUUCUGAAAGAAAACUGCCGUCCAGAUGGAAGAGAACUUGGUGAAUUCAGAACCACAACUGUCAACAUAGGUUCGAUCAGUACAGCGGAUGGCUCUGCUCUAGUGAAGCUGGGGAACACCACAGUCAUUUGUGGAGUUAAAGCAGAAUUUGCAGCACCACCAGUAGAUGCCCCUGAUAGAGGAUAUGUCGUCCCUAAUGUGGACCUACCACCGCUGUGUUCAUCGAGGUUUCGGACUGGACCUCCUGGAGAAGAGGCUCAAGUAACCAGCCAGUUCAUUGCAGAUGUCAUUGAGAACUCACAGAUAAUUAAGAAAGAGGACUUAUGCAUUUCUCCAGGGAAGCUUGCUUGGGUUCUAUACUGUGACCUUAUUUGCCUAGACUACGAUGGGAACAUUUUGGAUGCCUGCACAUUUGCUUUGUUAGCAGCUUUAAAGAAUGGUGUGUGCCAUCCUGUCUGGGAGCUGGAGUGAACUCGGAAGUGGCUGUGUGGUCCAACAUGGUAGAAUUUAAAGGUUUUUAUGGACGUCUUGUAUCAUUCACGAUAUUUGAAUUGUGAGACAGAGUAUGCCAUAGCCCAGGGCGCCCUUGAACUUUUGAUCCUUCUGUCUCAACAAUAUUACCAGCAUUUGGGAGGCUAAGCAUGAACUGCCUUGCCCAGGUUAUUUUCCCAAGUUAGUCAGCUCUACAGGGUUUUCUAAAAAUGUACUUCUGGGUUUUAUAUUCUUUUAGAUCUAUAGCCUCCUAGAUUGACUCUCUGCCCCAGUAGUCACUGGGGCAGGAGUCCUUCCCAGAAUCCACUAACUCGAUAGUACUUUGACUGUAAUCCAGGUGGUUCAUGCAGACUGGCCACAGAUAUCGCCUCUGAUAGUGGUGCUUCCUGGUAAGGCCCAGGCCACUUGAUAUGACUUAGCAUUUCACUUGUGAGCAUUCUGCUCAUUCUACAUUGUUGACUUGAUGAUAAAACUAAGCCAGGCAUGGCUGUGCAUGCUCGUAAUCACUACAUGGGACGAGAGGAAGAUGGCAGCUUUGAGGCCAGUUAGACUACAGAACAGGGUCCAGCUAAUUCAGAGUGGAAGAUAGUUACUAGUGAUAUGUGUAUCCAUCCAGUCUGCUUGCUUCCUCUGUAACAGUGCCAAAGAGCAGCUCUUACUGCUUCAAGAGUGUGGGUGAGCAAAUGAGUGUUAUGAAAUAGGAGACACUUCAAGACUACACACCUUCAAUCCCAGCACUCAGGAAGCAGAGGCAGGUUCUUUGAGGCAGUUUGGUUUAUAGCAUGAGUUCCAGAGUUCCAGGACAGCCCAGGAGCCCAGGAGGACACAGAGAAGACCCGUCUCAGGGAAAAUAAAACAAGGCAAAAGUCGGCUUGGCUGGAUCAUAAGAUACUCUGUAAAGCGGUUUUCCUCUUCAUAUUCACCUCAAUUGUUAUGACAUACGUAACAAAACUCCUGAAUCUAGGGGAGUAGCACACAACUCUUAUCCCAGAGUGAAUCUGGAAGCCAGAUGGACUACACAGUGAGAUCCUGUCAAAGCAGUCAGUAGUUGUUAUGGCUAAGCUACACUGAGGGAAAGUUAAGAAAGCAUAGAAACGAAGCUGUACAUCAGACCCACUUUACAUGUGUUCUUACCUUUCUCCAGUACAGUUGCCUGAAGUUACUAUAAAUGAAGAAACUGCUUUAGCGGAAGUCAAUUUAAAGAAGAAAA